UAUUGAAAUAAGAUAACCUAACCCUGUUCGAAUUACAAAAUUCAUGUAAACGAAUCUAAACAAGUUGCAACAUUUUGUAAACAUCAACAAUGUAGUGAUUAUUUAUAUUUCUCAUAAUUUUUAAGUUUCUACUUAAUUAUUUCAAACUCACGCAGUGUUCAUAUAUUUAAGAAAUUUACGAAAUGAUACAUAAAAAUAGUGUUUAGCAAAAUUAGUUAUGGAGACGUCUGCUUUAAAUGCUGCACAUGAAAGCGAAAGGAGAGCAGAAGCUUUUUUGCGCGAAGGAAAAUUUGAGGAAGCGGCAAAGUGCCAUGAAAGAGUUGCUAAUUUAUUGACUGAAGCACAUUCGAAAUUAGAGACACGACAAAUAGAAUCGAAUUCCUGUAAUUCGGAAAAUCAGAGUUCCAUGAAACCCUCGAUUCAGUCAUUAGCAACACUUGAAUCUCUCGCUCUUCAACGAGAUUAUCACACUAGACAAGCUAGCAUAGUUAGAAUGAAACAGGCGCGAUAUGAAGAAUAUAAAGCGACAUUGGAAGCUCAAAGGCGUGAUUUGUACAAUAAACAAGAAAUUAAUAAAAGAUCUGAUGAAAAUGUGAAUGGAAUUUUAGACGAUAAGUGCGAGUGUUCAUUGAAGCAGGCAAUUUAUCGAACUAUCGAAGAACAAGAUAGUCUAUUAAAUGUUCUUGAAUUGCCAUCGCAAUCGGAAAAAAAUCAGGAGAGUCAAACAUUCAAGCAUCCAAAGGAUACGGGAACUGUCAUUGAAGAAUUACGAACAGUUAAUAUACAAUUAAGAUCAUUGAUCGGCAGUUUACUUAGCCAAUUAGAAGAAAAAGAAGAUCAAGUUCGACAACUCACUGAACGUUUACAUGAAAUUUCCGUUGAUACAAGUGAAGAGAUUCAUCACGAUGAAACUCAUUCAUUACGAUUAGCACCACUACCACCAUUAACGCCACUUGAAAUGCCACGUUUUGAUUUUAAUUCUACUUAGAAGAAGAAUUUUUUUUAUUAAAAUACAGUAUUUUAAAUUCAAAUAUAAAAUACUGUUUUUUCCCCUCUAAAAAAAAUGAAAUCUAUUCAAAUUUAACACCAUAAUGGUUCAUUAAUUAGGAAAAUUAGUUAUUGUAUUUAAUUAUUGCAGUUGUAGACUUGAUAUUUAUUUCUAAAUCGUCUUUCAACGAUAGAAAAUUUAGACUUGAUUUUAAAGUCUGUUAAAAAAAUCAAAAAAUACAAAUUAUACUCGGUUCGAGUAGAAAAAAUUGAAAUUAUUAUUAUAUAUAUUUAUGAAAAGUUAAAAAAUAAAUACCAAAAUAAAUGCGAAUAUAAAAAGUGAAUUAGUUUUUAUUUACAAUCUGCAUCAUUAAAUUAAUAACUUUGAAUAGAUAAUAAUUAUUAUUUAUUAUUCUUAAUUCUUAAUUUAACUAAUUAAAUUAAUUAAUUCGUCUUUUUGGUAAAUGAACAUUACCACAAAAACAUAAUUUAUCAACUAGAACUUAUUAAUUAAUAAAAAGGACAAAUCUUAUAUUCUAAUUAAAUUUUUUGAAUAAUACUCAAUUAGAUUAAGAUGGGCGGCAAAACAAAUUGAAUACUUCUCUCUUCUUCUUUUUUUUUGAAAAAAGGACUUUAUAGAGAAAAACAAAACAAAGCACAGUUCAAAACUAGGUGACAGAUGUGUCAAACAAAAUGUCUCCCGAAAAAACCUAAAUUUUAAGUAUUAAAAAAAAAUUUUCUCUUUCUAAAAAUGUUGUUCAAUAACUAAAAAGAAAUAUAAAUUUAAUAUUCAA